AAAGAAGCGGCAGCGACCACCACUUGCGAGGGAUACCUCAGCUCCCAAACGCGGACAGUCGCUACCGACCAAUCUCCAACACCCGCUCCCGCCAUUCUCUUGUAAAGUGGAGCAAGGCCAGGAAGAGCCAGGUGCGCCAGCCGCCUCGAUAGGGCAGGGGCAGGAGGAAGGGGCCUGUCGGGGAGAGGCCAGCGGUAGGAAGCGGGACUCGGCAAACGGGGCGUCAGACGCCCCGAGAGUGUCUUAAGAGAAGGCGGAGAGCCCGCGCCGUCUCGGGGGCAGUGGGACUCCCUGAGGGCGGCGGCCCGCUCGCCUUCCCCCUCAGCGGCCGCCGGGGCGCGGCCCCGCGCGCAGGUGCAGGCCGAGGGGCGUGGCCCUGCCGUCCCCCUCAGGUGCGGGCGGCCCGAGGCGGCGGUGCCGCCGCCGCCGCUGCUGCCGCCGCCGCUGCCCCGCGAUGGCGGCCCCCGGCGGGCUGGGCCGCUGCGUGGUCGCCUUCUGGCUGGCGCUGGCCUUCGACGCGCUGGGCCUGGCCGUGUUGCUGGCCGGUGUAUUCGCCGACGUCUUCUUCUCCGACCUGCUCAUCUACGCGGGCGGUAUCGGCAUCUUCCUCAGCCUCAUCUGGUGGGUGUUCUGGUACGCCGGCAACCUGGAGGUGCCGCCGGAGGAGCUGCGCGACGACGUGGGGCUGGCGCCGCCCAAGGGUCGCGGGGACAGCCUGCUGCGGGGGCUGGUGCACGGCCUCAGCCUCCGCCUCUCCUCCGCCUUCGCUCCCGCGCCGCGCUCCCGCUCCCGCGCCGCCGCCGACGACCUGGAGCUGCAGCGCGCCGGGGGCCCGCGGGGCCGCCCCGCCGACUCGAGCAGGAUCUGUUGAAGACGUGACUGUCAAAGUUAUUGCCUCUAAAAGUGGGAGAAGCGCUGCAAAUUAUGGAAGGAGAAUUCCCUACUCAAUGCAAUAGGAUUCUCUCAUUAUGGAAUAGUAUCUGCAACCACUGUGGACUCUCUAUAAAAUGGACACAUAGAGCCAUAUUUCUGCCAAAUGCACCUAUUUCAGUGUUGGACUGGAUAGUUUCUUGUGGGUAUUUUUCACCAUUUCAAACCAUAAAUUAGAUCCCUUAAGAAGUGAGAACUAAAAAAGAAACACACCUGAUUCACAUAAAAAUCACUGCAGCAUGUAAUAUAGUUUGUUUGUUUGUUUUUUUAAAUUUUUAAUAACCUGGGAAUGUUUGGGUAAAAAGCUCUUGCACAAUGAAAAGCUCUUGCACUGUUUUACCAAGGUCUGGAAGUUAAACUCACUGUGAAUUUUUAUGAUGCCAGUGCAAUACUUUUGUUUGUAAGGGUGCUUUUAAAAUAUCUAUGUUAAACUAUUGAUGCAAAGUUGCAAAUGUAGUAGAAGUUGUUUAUAGUGUAAAUACACAAUUUACAGUGACUCUUGUAAAGUUUCAUCAUUAUUUUGGAAUAACUUGGAAUUUGGGGUUUUAUAAUUAGGUAAAAAUAGUAAUGUUGGCAUAUCAGUACAUUCUUCAUAGCAGCAAAUGAUGUAAUAUGACUCUAAGACGACCCAUUUUUACUACAGUGAUGUUGGGAAUUAUUUUCCUAAUGCUGAAGCAUUCGGGGAGAGGAACCACCAAAAAGACCCCUUGUUGAUUAACAGAUAUUUUAUAAAUGCUUUAUAUAAUAUUAACAAAUUUACAUUUGGGUGUAACUGAGAAGUAGCAGGUGGGAAAAUAUUUAUAUUAAAGUUAAUGAUACCUAAAA